AUGCUGUUAAUAUUAGACACUAGAUCUACAAUGAAUCAAACUUAUGUUUUGAUAUUCUUGUGUACAUUGAUUGUAGAAAUAGGUACUAAUAUUUUGAACAAGCCUAACCCUCAAAUAUCCCUUGUAGCCACCGACAGAAACUCAACAGGUUCUCAAAAUCCAGAAAACAUUCUGUGUAGAGGCUGUGGAAGUGAAGCGUCUUCAGCUAAGUUCUUAAUAUCCAAAUUAAGUCCGUCUUCUCUCUAUGCAUUCAAUGACACAUUGUUCAAUAGAGAAAAGGUUCUUGUGCAAGUAGUAUCACAUGAUAUUAUUUUCCAAUUCCCUGUGAUAACUACCACACAUUCUACAUGCCAAGGUUUUGGCGAGUGGCAGGUUGAUAAUUCUUGGUUCCCUGGAUAUUAUUGGAAGCUGUGUGUUUGCCCUGAGUGUGGAGAGUUUUUAGGCUGGAUUUUUAAGUCGAUGAGUUCUGGAAGUCCUCAAACACCCGAUGAAGUAUUCUGUUUAGUUCUGACAUCAAUGAUUGGAGAAUCUUAUAUAGAUUCACUGCUCAAGUUUCCUGCUGAUUUAUAAGGACCAUGGCUACCUCGGACUGUUUAUCUGAUCAAGAUAAACAAUUUUUGGCCAGUUGUGAGGAAGAUCUAAAAAAUAGGUAUACAGAAAAAGACGAAGCAUUUAUGAAGGUUUUUAAUGCGGAGCCAAGUCCACCGCCUAUAAUAGAGUCAUGGUGGGUGCCAAACAACGGCGGGCGGCGGAACGACCGGCGCUUCAACCGGCGUGGCCAGCCGUACUCGCGCGACGGACGGGACGGGCGGGACGGGCGGGAUGGGCGCGACGGGCGCGACGGCCGAAGCCGCGGCCGCUACGACCACUCCCGCUCCUACGAAGAUAGGAGCUACCCCCAUCACAGCAAUCGCCCACGCCACUAUUAGCACACUUUUGUUUAAACAUUCAUAAAUGUCCAUCCAUAUAUAAAACCGAUUAGUUAAUAAAACGUGGUUUUGAACUAUAAUAAAAA